GUUGGUAGAAAAUAUGGUUAGCAUCAAGGAAAAUGCGAGCGACCAAGUCGAAAAUGUUAUUUUACCACCAUUAUCGAAUGAUUGGUUUACGAAAUCAACAAUUUUUAUGAUCCGAAUAGAACUUGAAAAAAAAGAACUUCAAAACCAGGAUUUGGAAUAUCUGGAUAAUCGUAUUUUAACAUUAGAAAGUCACGAACUGUGUGUGGAUUCUGUUAUACGAAGUAAAAUUUUGUUAAAGAAAAACAAAGUGUACGCGAGUUGUGGUGGAUCUCUUAAUUUGUUAAAAGCAGUAAAAGAUUCUUUAGAACAAUGUCAAACGUUUCGUCACUCGUUGUGUGAACUCCGUCAAUUCAUCACAUCCAAGUGUUUAAACAUUUAUUACUAUAUGUAUCUCUACAGUCGUUAUAUGAAUGGGCAUGAUAUUUUGAAGAUUCUGUGUCAUUUAAAACAUAAUUUGCAGCUAACCCAAGAGAAACUUGAUAGCGAUGAUUUGCAGGCAGCUUCGGUUUCAAUUUCAUCUUUUAAAACUUUCGCAGCAGCACAAACUGAGCUUCUGAAUCAUCACUCUACUCAGUUCCAGUUGAAGAUGCGUCAUAAAAAUGAAGAGCAGUAUGAUGAAUUGUUCAAGAAAAUGCAGUUGAAAUUAAAAAACUCCUUCAUUCAAUGUCUGGAUGACUCGAACGUGAAGAUUUGUUGUGUUACCUUGGCUUAUUUCUUUCAAUGCUUUUCUCAUUUAGAGAAUGAUACGUUUCUUGUGAAUUUCGUCAUUACAGCCUUUAGUGAGUUACUGGAAAAGGAGUGUCAGAAAUGCUUAAUGUCGUUCGCUAACGAAGAAUGGAAAAAAUCCUUACAUGAAGACACUUUCUCCUUGUCGAUAGAGGAUUUACUUGAACACAUUGAUUCAACAAAAUGUGUAGAAAUGUUUCUCAUGUUUUUCCGCGUGUGUUUAAAUAUAUGGACCAUUUAUGCAGAAAUUGUAUUGUGGGCUACGCAACAAGCGAAAUUUUUAAAAAAGAAAAAAUUAAAUAACAAGAAUAAACCCAAUGCAAGGGUGAACAUGGUGGAAGACACAAGUUUCAGCGUUCUACAGAAACUUGGUUUCAACAUGCUGUCGAAAGAGUCAGAAAUCUUUAAAACUCAAAAAAAAACCUUGCUUAGUCUUCUUAGUGCUCUACGUUUAGAUCAAGUUCCUUUUACUUUUUCCAAUUAUUUUCUAAUAUACGUUUUAGUACAUCGAUUUGUGUUGGAAGUGUACUGUAUUUUAAACAAGUCGAGUGAUACUUGGGAAAAUGUGACAGGCUUUCAUGACAUGGAUCUACCUUUAAGAUUGGAAUGUAUUCCUUGUUUGAAAUGUUUUGAUGACUCAUUAAAAAAAGCUGUGGAAAUUCAAUUUCCUCAUUUUUUAGAUCAACAAUUGACUUGUUUUCAACAACUUGUGUUAAAAGAUGCAUGGGAAGGAAUUUCAGUUUUCCCACAUUUUCAUUUAACAUUAAAGCAUUUGGAGCACCUGAAAUGUGUAUCGCUCAAGUCUUUAGCUUUAUAUGACGAGGCAAUCUAUCCAGCUUACUUUUCUAAAAAAAAUCCUUUUCAGACAUUUCAAGCCACAGUGACGUGGAAAUGCCAGUAUUCUUUUUUCAUGCAGAAUAUUACAAACGAAAAUGAGGGUGAUCACUCGAAAAAAACGGACAAAAUGAAAAGUUAUAUUGUGACGCAAAGUACCAAUUAUAUCACGGAAUUCAUGAUGAAUUUAUUAAAACUUUUAAUACUUUACCAGCAUAUUGCGGAUCAAGUGAUUCUGGCAAUUUUUAUUUGUUUUGAUAUGUUUUUAUAUAGUAUUAGUCAUAUUUUUUCUAAAAAGCUUCCUUUACAAGAUUUACUACAUGUUCUUCGUCACUCUUCAAAUCAUGACGACUGUCCUCAGCUUGAAGAACUUCACCGGGUUUUUUUAUUUCAAGAAAAAUAUCAACGACUUUCGAGUCUUCUUCAAUUCAUUGCAGGCAUUUUAAAAAAAUGUGAAUCCUAUGAAAAAGAACUUACGAAGGAAUCUUGCGAAAAUGAAAAAUACAGCGACAAAAACUUUUACCAAAAGUAUCCUAGUCGAUUACAAUCUUUACAGUUACCGCAACAUCGGGUUUUUAAGUUUCAUGACGCUAAGCACACAGUGUUGCAUAGUGUUUACAAAGUAUUUCAUGCAUCUACGUUUAAAAGAAUUGCGUUAUUAAAAAGUCCAGGAGCUCUCUGGGGUUUAGCGGCUAAAGUGACGGGAAUGGAAUGUUGCCUUACUGUGUUAUUUUGUUUAACGGAAAUCGUGCAUAGUGUGCAUAAUGUAUGUCCGCUUUGGGACAUGAUAAAAACGUUUUCCUAUCCUUUUGAGUCUUGGUUAAAUUGGCGUCAAGAGGCGUAUGAUCAACUUUUACAAUUUCUUUAUAGUCAAGCAGCACAAAAUUUGUUUGAUUUGAAACCUUUAGUUUUUAUAAUUCGCUCAUGGAAAUGGGACAAUGAUCAUCAGCAGCUAGGUAUUGAAGUAGGAAAAUUAAGAAUGCAACUUGAUGAUUUACAAAAUAAAAUAGCGUGUUGUGGUGGAGGAUUACUCUCAUCUUGUACGCAAGUCGAAGUAUGGAAACAUAUUGGCUAUCAUGCGAUUCAUACAUGCGCUUACGGCGUCGCCGAAAAUCCCUUUGGAUUCCCUUAUAAUCAAGAUGCAACGAAUGUGUCACUUGUUUCUCUGGGAAAAUUGUGCCAACAGUUUAGUACAUUUUUAUUGGUUCUUUCCGAAACUGUACAAAAAGUUUACGCAAUUCAUAUAAAACAACAAAAUAGUGAGGGUGACCUAUCCAAAACUUUAUUAGAUACGUAUUAUUUAGAUAAUUACCUUGGAGGUCAUUCUUUAAACGGCGCAUCGGCUUUUAUGUGGUGUAAGCUUCAAACGGAUUAUGACAUUUGGAUGUUAAAACAAUUACUACAUAAAACUGAAUAUCAUUCUUCUUUAAGAAAAUAUUAUAUAGAGGAACUUGAACUGCAUGUGGUGACCAUUUUAAAUAACGCAGUAGACAACGCGUGUGUACAAUCAGACCCAUGGACUCUUUAGACAUUCAAAAAUCAGUAAUGAACGGAAUACUGCAAAAACAAAG